AUAUUCAUUCAAUAAAAAUUCAAGUGGACGUGGUUAAGAAUCUUCUUGAUAUAUAGAAACCAAGAAAGAAAGGAAAACGUCAACACAAAAUCCAUUCAAGUUGAAAAUCUCAACAUAACCACAUUUUAUUUAAGAAAAAAAAAAAAAACAAGAAAAAAGAAAAAUAAAUGCAAAGAUAUACCUACAUUUCAUUAUAAGCCGUGUAUACAUACCUAGUGUAUUAUAUUAUUAUUAAGAAUAUCCUUGUUUGCUAACGUAUUUCUUUGCUUAGUUACUAAUUUAUUUUAAUUCUAAUGUGUGUGUUUUUAGUGCGAGUUUUCAAAACUUGUAGACAAAAUUAUACUAUUUUCGGUCAUUCAUCAUCAUCAUAACCGGAUGUAGGAAAUUUUUCCCAAUGUAAAGGAAUCAAAAACGAAACAAACUUUAACCAGAACAACAUCACAAACAACGAUAAAUAAAAAUUAAUCCAUUUGUAAAUGAUGAUAGAAACGCCAUAAUUUUGUAUCAAAACCUAUCUAUUGAUAUACCGACGAAUAAGAAGAAAACACGGCUAAAAUAAGAUUUGAAACACACAAUAAAAAGAGUCACCUGCAAUCAAAAUCACCGUCACCAUCAGCGUCAUCGUCACUGUCACCGUCAAACCACAGUCAAGCCCCCCGAUUUCUAAUGAGUACCACAACCACAGCAACGUCAUCGUUGCUGCUACUGCAAGUUAAAAAAGAACAACAAAACCAUCACUCGACAUGACCGCGAGGAGGAGGCAAAAAGCACAAAGAUAGCCAAAGCAAACUAACAACAAAAACACACGCGUCCGAUCCAAUAAGAAAAAUAAAAAUCCAAAAGAAAAAGCAGGAAAUUAAAACGGGAAAUCAUCACCAUUAUUGUCAGUUCACCUGGAAAACCCUAUAGAUAUUUCCCCCCUCGUUACAUACGAUACGACUCGACUACACCUUCAUCAUCAUCAUCAGCAAACCAUUGGAUAUUUACAGCACAGCACAACGUAGGACUUUGCAACACCAACGCUGCCAUUCACCAUAAAUAAUUCGCAAUCAAGUUGCAAACUUAACGAACAAACAUAAAAAUACAAAAAUAAAAACAAGUUUAAACUGAAACUGUAACAAAUCGAAGAGUGUGUUCCAAAAGUAUCUCUAUACUCUAUAUCCGUCCAAGAGUUGCUUGCAACAAGCCGAACAACUUUAUGAUGCGCGCGUUCUGCAUCUCAUCAGACUGUCGUCAUGGUUUUCAUAUGUAGUCACCGUCAUUGCAUAUCCCAGCUCGAGCACGGCCACGGCAUCGGCCGGUUCUUCAAAUAAUCCUCCCCUAUAGAGAACGAGGAGACCAUCAGCAUCAUCAUUCGCAUGACAAAGCAUGCGGUUAGUUCCAAUUGCACCAAACGGAGGCAGCAACUAGAAUUUGAAAACAACUGCAACAACAAAAAGACUUAUCCAACUAGCUCUAUCAUAUACAAGCUACGACCAACUACGCUACGACGACGGACGACACGAAGAGCACCACGACCGAACGUCGACGUUCAUCAAGAGGCGGUCGAUGGUGUAGAAACAAGUUCACAGUCUAUCGCCAGUUACAGAACCAAUUUAGACGCAAUCGCGAACGGUCGUGCCACAAUAAUCUAACCAGACCUCUAUCGUGAAAUACGAGUUCGAAUCCGCGCAACUACCGAAUAUGUGACGGGACAGCGGGCGUCCGAUCCGAUACCGCGCAGGUCCUUCCCUAUCUAUAGCUUCUCUUCUCUACUUCUAAAACAACCAACGAUACCUGUCACGGUCUAAGUGGCGAUAAUGUCGUGGUCGCGUCUCUCGAACUAUUUUCUUCUAAAGAAAAAUAAACUAGUGAAUUAACGGUACAUUAUUCUGUCGAUCGGAUUGCAGAAUACCACAACGUCAUCAUUAUCAUCAUCGUCAUCUUCAUCAAUUCACAUCUGUGCAACUUUUAAUUAAUUUGUUUGGAACUGACUGAGCAUCUCAUGCGCAGAGCAGCGCAGAAGAAUUAUUUCCGUCAACUGUUUUACAGCUGAUCGAGCUGACAUAGUGUCGUAGUGAUCGUGAAUAUACCUCAAAAUCAACCCGGGCGCCAAUUCUUCUUUGUUGUUGCUUUUUUUGAACAUUUAAAAUUCGGCUAAAGACAUUUGUUAUCCGCUCCCUGGUUGUCUAGGUUUCUAUAACAUGUCCCCCAAUAACAAAUCGGAAAACGUGUAGGUUUGUGGGAUGAUUUUACUGUUAAAUGAUGUGCCGUGACGUCAGAAUGUUUCUACAACAAACUGCCAAACAAAUUAAUUUGAUACUAUUUAAUGUUUCUAAUCGAUAGAAAACAACCUUUCGAAUCAUGAAAAGUGCGCGAAUUCAAUAAUAGCUCAAUGCCCAUAAUAUCAACGAUGACGACGCGAGUGUAAAGACAAAAAUAAACAUUCUACAUAAAUAUAACGGUGUAUUAAUAUAACGAAGGGAACUUUUCGAUUUCUGUUUAUAAAUAUGUAUCCUUGGCGCAAAUAACAAUAAUUUAAGAAUUCAAACAAAGUUUAAUAAAAACAAACCAACUUGUGUUCUCGUUGGAAACAGUUCAAUUUUAAAAUAACAUCAUAAAAGUAGCUUGUUUAAUUUAUUCGAUAAAGAAAAAGUAUUUUAUCGUUAAGUUUGUUGUUGUGAAGUUUAUACAAAAUUAAGUGAAGUGUCAACUGGGAAUAGGUUUCAUCAUUUUUAUCAUACAAAUUUAUUAUCUGGCCAGACAGACUUACGAAGGCGCGAAAGUGGUAUAUUCAAAAUGUCAUUGAAGAAGGAAUCACCAUCGGAUGUACUUUUGCAUUUGGCAGCAUUACGGGGUGAUGAUAUCACCUUGAGACGAGUUCUUGACAGUGGCAAGGUGCAUGUUGACUGCAAAGACGAGGAUGGUACAACUCCACUAAUUUUAGCUGCUGCUGGUGGACAUUGUCCAUGUGUUGUUGAACUUCUUGAACAAGGCGCUGACCCUAAUUCAAAACGAGCAACAGGAACUACCCCACUAUUUUUUGCUGCUCAAGGUGGACACUUGGAAAUCGUGAAAAUUUUAGUAAAAGCUGGAGCAACAAUUGAUUGUCCAUCAGUUGACGGUGGUACUCCUCUUUUUGUAGCUUGUCAAGGUGGCCAUGUUAAACUUGUCAAAGAAUUAAUCGAAUACGGAGCGAAUGUAAAUGCUUGUAUGAAAGAUCGUGCAUCACCUGUUUUUAUAUCAUCACAAAAUGGCCAUCGAACGGUGUUGCUCCUUCUUUUGUCAGCUGGCGCCCAACCUGAUACCAAACGAAUAGAUGGCGCAACACCACUUUGGAUAGCCUCACAAAUGGGUCACGAUCACAUUUGUAAGGUUCUACUUCAAAAUGGUGCUGAUGUUGAUGCUGUACGUUGUGAUGGAGCAACGCCAUUAUUUAAAGCAGCACAUAAAGGUCAUAUGGCUGUAACGACUGAAUUACUAAAAUAUCGACCAAAUUUGGGUUUGUUACCGAAUGGAGAAACUGCUCUUCAUGCAGCAGCUAUGUUUGGUCAUUUGACAGUUGUCAAACAAUUAGUCGCUGCUGGUAGUGACAUCUUACAGAAAAAUCAAGAAGGCCUUACUGCGUUACAAGUUGCAAAGAAACAACACUUUGUUACAAUUAGUGAUUAUUUACAAGAUCGCCUUCGUUCUAUUAUAGGAAGAAACUAAACAUAGAAAUAUAUUUAAUUUAAAAUAAAUAUAAAUACUACGUCCAUUUUCAUAUUUAUUAUAUAUAUUUUAAAAUUUUAAUCAAAUCAAAAAAAAAAAACUACUAUGUGUACCUUUGUUGUAUAAUCCAAGAUGACUGUGUCAUCUUUUCGUUUGAUAUAUUGUACAAAUUUCGAAAUUUUUCCUUAAGAAAAUAAAAUUUAUUAUUAUUUAUAUUGCCUUCUUUCGCUCACUUUAUUGCAUCGUAUUGUAAAUAUAUUAAAUUUAAUUUUAAAUAGAAUUGUUAAAUUGUGCAAUAACAUAUUUAGAAAAAAGAUUAAGCACAAUUAGAAUAACAAAUAGGAAUCAACGUCCGGCUGGAACAAUUAUUGUAAAUUUAUAAGAUAAUCACUGUUAAGUAUAAAAAUAAAGAAAAUGAAAAUCUGAUUUUAAAAAUGUU